AUGCUAAGUGUCGUUUUUAUGGAGAUUCAGCCCGACUGUGGAGGUAUGGACGAGAGCGUAGGCAGUGACACCAAGAGCGUGGAAAAGCAGGAGAAGAUGAAACGGUCCUUAUUAAAAGAUUGGAAGACACGAUUGAGUUCCUUCUUGCAAAAUUCUUCCACUCCUGGGAAGCCCAAAACCAGCAAGAAAAACAAACAGCAAACUUUCAGCAAGCCUUCCCCAGAGGAAGCACUGCUGUGGUCAGAAGGAUUCGAGGAGCUGCUGGCCAGCAAAUAUGGUGUGGCUGUUUUUAGGGCCUUUUUAAAAUCUCAAUUCUGUGAAGAAAAUAUAGACUUCUGGCUGGCUUGUGAAGACUUCAAAAAAAUCAAGUCAUCCCAGAAGCUGUCCUCAAAAGCAAAGGAAAUAUAUAUAGAAUUCAUAGAAAAAGAUGCCCCAAAAGAGGUAAACAUAGACUUCCAAACCAAAAUCCUUAUUGUGCAAAAUAUACAAAAUGCUACAACUGGCUGUUUUACAUCUGCACAGAAAAGGGUUUACAGCUUGAUGGAGAAUAACUCCUAUCCCCAUUUCUUGGCAUCAGAAUUCUACCAGAACUUGUGUAAAAAACCACAAAUCACCACAGAGCACCAUGCUAUAUGAUUUGAAAAAGGGAGCCCCAGAGUGAGAGACAUGUCUUUCUGCAUCCUGAGGUAGAAGGCUGUCACCUACCAAAGAGAAUGACAUUGAAUUCAGCCUGGUUGUUUGGGAAACAUCUCUCAGAACUACUGAUUCCAAGUUGGGUAGUGAAUCAGGAAGCUGCUGACUGUCUAGGAGAAUCUUGUAUCAGAAUAACUUCCACUGCUCUACAGACACAUGGAAAGAAUAUGUGGCCUGAAUGUAGAGGGUCUCACUGGAAAAGCAAGAAUAUGAAAUGGAAGAUAACACAAUUUAUCCAAACACAUGAAAAAUCAAUGUCUGAGAUUAUGUGGCCUUGGCUAGCUGGCUGUACAUCUUUCCCUAAACCCGUCCAUGUUACCACAUAGUGGCUUUAUUUUUCAGUUUUGAGUCCUAACAUUAGCAGGUUUGCUCUGUGCAAGAGUAUUGAAGUUCUUGUGACUCCAGAUCAUCCAUACUAUUCUUAUGCAUGGUUGAACCUGAAAUGGUCUGUUUGAAUUGCUAGAUAGUUUGUGAAAUAGAGUGGGUGCUCAUGUGUAGAAAGCUACAGUGUCUGUUACAAGUGCCAAAAACUGUCUUGAAGGCAGCAGAAGUUUGAAGUGGUCUUUGGAUAUUUUAAUACAUUUUUUGAUAAAUAAUGCCAUUGAAUGCUUGGAGUCCAGGUAUGAGUUGAUUUGAUUUUAAUAGUUGGAAAUAUGUCAAGCCCAAGGGGAAACAUCUGUCUAGGGAAGCAGAAGCAUCUGUUGCUGUGCCUGUCCUUGGAGAACUGGCAUCCCCCAGAGUGAUUCUCUGAUUCUCAGAUGAGGGUAGCAGGGAAGAUACAACUUUCUAAACCUAAGUUACAGCACAUCCUUAGAACCACCCUGUGUCAAGCCUCUUGGUAUAAUUUUUUAAAGAUCAAGGUCAUUAAUAAGAACAAUAGGACUUUGAUUUAAAGCCCUUCAUGAGUAUUAAGAACCAACUAAAUAGAAGUGAAGGGUGUGGAGACAAGCACCAAUGUUAGGUUAUUCAAUUGCUCCAAUGAAGAAAGAGCCAAAUAAGGGGAACAUGGGCCUCCCUCUUUUGUCUUUUCCCCCUUGGU